GGCAUUUGUGCACCUGAAGCACGCCCCUCCUUGCCAUCUCCGCUCUCCGGCCACGAGCUGCCGCUAAAAGCAAGGUGGUGAAGAUUUGCAGCGAUCCCCCGGAGCAUCCACCAAGUCAGACGCUGGCUGGCUCUGGGCUGUGCCUCGGCGGGCUGACGUGUUAGAGACCGGUGACCGAUCUCGGGACUGGCUGCUGCAGACUCCAUGGCUGCGGACCGUUUGAAGGUGAGCUAUCUGGAUUGUGCCAGGACGGCGGUUUCAGAGAAUGCGGGGCUCGAGAAGCAACGUCUCGAGGACUCCGAGCUCCAAGCGCGAGACUCCAAGAAGAAGCACCACACCACCAAGUCGGGGCUCCCUGCCUUGAGCAGAAGGUCGAGGUCGCACAUGUCUGUUGGAUCUUCCGUGCCGGAAGUGUUGUCCCCAAUGCCUCCCACUCGGAGCGUGCAUUCAGUUCCCGAGACUCAAGGGCUGCUGGAAAACCACUACAUCACGACUAGAGAGUUGGGCAAAGGCUCCUACGGCGUGGUGUACUGCGUGCGGCAUAGGAAGAAUGGGGAGCACAGGGCACUGAAAUCUGUGGCCAUCAACAAGCUGGAGGAGCCGCGGCACUUCAAGGAUGAGCUGGAGAUCGCCAGACGGCUGAACCACCCGUACGUAGUUAAGCUGUACGAGGUCUUUCAGACGGGCGAAUGCGUUCAUUUGGUCAUGGAACUUUGCGAAGGCGGUACUUUGGCCGACAUGCUCGCGUCUGCCAAUGCUGCUGCUGUCAAGGCAGACGGCCGAGGGGCGCGGGACAAGUGGUCCAACGAGAUCAUUGGUAGGUUCAUGUGGCAGAUGCUGUCGGCCAUCGCUUAUUUGCAUCAUCACCGCAUCAUCCACAGGGACAUCAAGCCUGAGAACUACCUCGUACAGAAGCAAAGGGGGGUGAUGUUUCUCAAGCUCGCAGACUUCGGGCUUGCUUGCCACUUCAAGAAAGGCCGACCUAUGAAGGAGAUCCUGGGGACUCCGUGCUACGUCGCCCCUGAGGUACUUCUCGGACGCUACGACGAGCGAUGUGAUGUUUGGAGCGUGGGCGUGGUGUCCUUUGUGCUUUGCACAGGCCACCAUCCCUUUGCCUAUGGAAAGUCGGACACAGCCAAGGUUGUCCUCCAGAGGAUAAAGGACAACGACAUGGAUGCAGCGGAUGAUCAUUGGAGUCAAGUUCACCAGGAGGCCAAAGACCUGACAUUCAAGAUGAUGACGCGAGACCCAGAGGAGCGGCCCAAGGCGAAGCUGCUGCUGGCGGGCAGCAGCUGGCUGCAGGAGCACGACGUGCCCUUCAGGUGUGAGCCGGCCAAGCACCAGCAUAGCUGCUGCGUCGUGAGUUAGGAUCCGUGAGUUUGACCACUUGGGGCCGCACCCGACGAAUGUACGUUCA